CGUCCAUUUAACAACAAAUGACGCUCAUAAAACCAUAACCUCCUUUCAAACGCAAUCAAAGUUGGCUUGUCAAACCUUCACAUGCUACCUUUCCUUUGAUAAUCUUUUGUCGUGAUUGUCUUAUAAGUCAUGGCAGGGCCUAAGAAGUUCAAGAAGGACAAUGAUAGUAAGAAAUGGAAGAAAAGGAAGAAGGAGGAUGAUGAUGAUUAUUAUGAUGAUGAUACAAAUGAUGGCAUGGAUGGGGAUGGAGUCCCAGAUGCAGCAAAGAAAAAUGCAGAAGCUGCAGAAGGGGCUGGUGUUUUGGAGGAUGAGUUUGGAGCUAAAGAUUAUCGUCCUCAAAUGGAUCUUAAACAGGAUCAUGGUUCUCGUCCCCUGUGGGUUGCACCAAAUGGACACAUAUUUUUGGAAUCCUUCUCACCUGUGUACAAACAUGCUCAUGAUUUUCUAAUUGCUAUAUCAGAACCUGUAUGCAGACCUGAACACAUUCAUGAGUACAAGCUGACUGCUUACUCAUUGUAUGCUGCUGUUAGUGUUGGACUGCAAACACAUGAUAUCGUAGAGUACCUGAAGCGAUUAAGUAAAACUACUGUGCCUGAGGGUAUAAUAGAAUUUAUCAAACUAUGCACACUCUCUUAUGGAAAGGUCAAAUUAGUCUUAAAACACAACCGAUAUUUUGUGGAGUCACCAUUUCCGGAAGUAUUACAGAAAAUGCUAAAAGACCCUGUUGUUCAACAAUGCCGGUUGAGGCGAUCAGCUGAGGGAGAGGGUGAAGGCGAAGAGAAUGUUGAUGCAAAUGGUUUUAUUACAGCUGUUAACGACAAGAAAAAUGUUCCACAGUUUGGUGGUGCAGCACCUGCUGGUCCCUCAAGUGAGCAGCAACCUACUGGUCCUGAUGCUUCACAAGGACAAGAGAAGGAAGGAGAACCUGUCCCAGAGGACAUCACCACAUUUUAUGAUAAAAUUGAUAAAGAAGAAGAAGAUGAGGAUGAAGCUGUCCUCAAAACUGUAUCUUUUGAAGUCAAUCAGGAAAAAAUUGAAAUUCUCCAGAAAAGAUGCAUAGAGCUAGAACAUCCACUUUUGGCUGAAUAUGAUUUUAGAAAUGAUACUGUUAAUCCUGAUAUAAACAUUGACUUGAAGCCCUCUGCAGUGCUGCGGCCUUAUCAAGAGAAGAGUUUAAGGAAAAUGUUUGGUAAUGGAAGAGCUCGGUCAGGUGUCAUUGUACUUCCCUGUGGUGCUGGAAAAAGUUUAGUGGGCGUCACAGCAUGCUGUACAGUUCGCAAGAGAGCUCUAGUAUUGUGUAACUCUGGUGUCUCUGUGGAACAAUGGAAACAGCAGUUUAAAAUGUGGUCUACUGCUGAUGAUAGUAUGAUAUGUCGCUUUACUUCUGAAGCGAAAGACAAACCAAUGGGCUGUGGCGUUCUUGUAACAACAUAUUCCAUGAUUACUCACACCCAAAAAAGGUCAUGGGAGGCAGAACAAACAAUGAAAUGGCUGCAAGAACAAGAGUGGGGAAUUAUGGUCCUAGAUGAGGUCCAUACUAUCCCUGCUAAAAUGUUCAGAAGAGUGCUCACAAUCGUACAGUCUCAUUGUAAAUUAGGGCUGACCGCAACCCUUCUGCGAGAAGAUGAUAAAAUUGCAGAUCUCAACUUCCUCAUUGGUCCAAAGUUAUAUGAAGCUAAUUGGUUAGAACUCCAGAAACGAGGAUUCAUUGCAAGAGUUCAAUGUGCUGAAGUAUGGUGUCCAAUGACACCUGAAUUCUAUAGAGAAUAUCUUUUGUGCAAAACUAGUAAAAAAUUGUUGUUGUAUGUUAUGAAUCCCAGCAAGUUCCGUGCCACUCAAUUCCUUAUAAGGUACCAUGAGAGACGUGGAGACAAAACAAUUGUCUUUUCAGAUAACGUUUUUGCCUUAAAACACUAUGCAAUUAAAAUGAACAAACCUUAUAUCCAUGGUCCCACAUCACAGAAUGAAAGAAUCCAGAUUCUUCAGAAUUUCAAAUUCAACCCUAAAGUCAACACAAUUUUUGUCAGUAAAGUUGCUGAUACCUCUUUUGACCUUCCUGAAGCCAACGUUCUAAUCCAAAUCUCUUCUCAUGGUGGCUCGAGAAGACAAGAAGCUCAGAGGCUGGGUCGAAUCCUACGAGCUAAGAAAGGUGCUAUUGCCGAAGAAUAUAAUGCAUUCUUCUACACUUUGGUGUCUCAGGAUACUCUAGAAAUGAGUUACUCUCGCAAGCGACAACGGUUCUUGAUCAAUCAAGGUUAUGCCUAUAAAGUAAUCACCCGAUUGGCUGGAAUGGAAGAUGAGUCAGAUUUGUUCUAUGGAACACGAGAAGACCAGGGUCAAUUACUGCAGCAGGUAUUGGCUGCUAAUGAUAUGGAUGCUGAAGAAGAAAGAGUUCCAGGAGAAAACCCACAGAGACCAGGCUCACGGCGGGUAGGCAAUAUGAGUUCUAUGUCAGGUGGUGAUGAUGCUGUGUAUCAUGAAUACAGGAAAGCAUAUCUUGCUUCAAUUAAACAUCCGCUUUUCAAGAAGUUCCGUUCGUAGGCAGUAUUGGAUGUGUAGGGCAAAAUUCUGUCUCCAACCAUUAUUAGGACUGACAAUUAUCAGUAAUUCCUUAUUCUCUGUUUCAUUAAUUCUUUUCCUCACAUAGUUGAAAUUUUUUUCAAAUAAACACAGACUGCAUUGUUUGAAA